AUGGUACGCUUAGUGGUUCUGUUGCUGUGCGUGGCGAUGGCGACAACGCAAAAACCCGGCAAUUUUAACUUCAAAGAGAAAGGUUUCAAAAGCAGCCAAAGUUACGAUAUAGACCCACAAGUACUGGAAAUCCAGCGACAGAACCUAAUCACGCAGAAGAUACUCCAGCGUUACCUGGAACGGCGGUUACAUCCGGGUCGCAAGCCACAGAUUCGCGUGCCAUCGGUGGAAGAGAUUCUGCCGAAACCCUUCUCCCCGCUCGCAUCCGUCCGGGACGUCCGACAGCAAAACCAAACCACCUCCAGUGAAAAUGGCGGCUCGCGGUACGAUCUGUUCAAUGGUCGAAAUGGCCGGCAGUACAAUCGGACCGAGGAAGACGGUGGCAUCCAGGACGAACAGUACAACGACGAGGAGACGGGCGGCGAGGAUUACCGGGAGGAGCGUGAUCUGGACCAGUACGAUGAUCUGGGCGAAUCGUUCGACAACGAUCGUUACGACAUCGAGUCACUCCAGUCCGGCGAGUCGGAGCACGUGGACUCGUUCUACCGCGACAAGUACUACAGCAAACAGAGAGCAUCUCAGCUCUCGGCACGCGAUUCUGGCGAAUUGCUUGAUUUGAAUGCGCUGGAUGAAGAUUUCGAGGAUGAUCCUGAGCUGAGCGUGCUAAGUGAGAUUACGAACGAAAUACGUUUAAAGCAGGAAGCGGCAAAAGCAUCUCCGGAAGACACCGGUGAUCGUAGUGGUCGAGUGAAGCGCCAAGCGAUCAAUAGCCGAACGUCACGGCGCGGUCGGGUCACGUAUCGAGACACACCAACGAUUACAAAUCGUGUUGAUGCACGGUACUACACGGCGGACGAUUACGUCGACUAUCCGACAACACCUCGAUUGAACAAGAACCUUCGCGACAACUAUUCCGAAUAUCGGCUGCUGUCAAAGAGUCGCAUUGCUGCGAACGAGCCGGUCAAACCAAGUCGGCCUCGUGCCACCACAACACAAACGACCCUGGCUAGAAAUGCUGCCCGAUCGCGCAAUCGCAAUACGUUAAAAUCGUUGGCAUACAAACCAAAUGUUUACAAUGCCAACAGUCGAAGACCAACGUUUACCCUGUCUGCGUACAACAAGGUUCCUACACGGCCCAGCAACUCACGUCGCGGAGGUAAUUCGCGAGGUACUUACAAAGAAGAAGAGCAAGGUCGUAACUGGAAUCGUUUCGGACAGUCAUCGCCAUCGACGCAGGAUUGGCGACGGAAGACAGUUAGUCUCGGCAGUUCCAACAUCCAGCCGAGUACGGCCGCACUGACGGUGACGUUCUUCCUUCCGACGGAUACAACCGUAUCGGUGGUUGCCAACUCCAAGACGGAGAUCAGUCUGAUCAAGACCACUACCACCAGUAUCGAGGAGAUAUGUACCUCCUGCUUCUCACUGACACAAGGUCCCAACGGACUGCCCGUGCACGUGCUCAACAAGGAGAUAACGUCCUUUAACAAUGAUGGUCUGUUCGAGAUCACCAAGUUCAUUCUCAGUUCCACGCCUACCACUACGAUCUCGGUGUCCCAGAACACCUUCCGCGGCCGUUCGACUGCUUAUUCCGCCACCAUCUCGACCACGAUCUACGAAGCCACACCGUUCGUGCAAACUAAGGGCAAACCUGCCGAUCCGAACUCGGUACUGUCGAACGCACCGCUGGCAAACAUUUUGCUUUCCCAGCUGCUGCUCGGCAACCUGGGCGUAGCUCCCGAGCCCAACUUCAUACCGCGCCCAACCGAAUUCUUACCGGACCCGAACCGCUAUCAGGUGGUGGUGACAACGGCCACCGACUAUAAGACACACGUGAAGGAAGUUGUCGAAACGGUCACGCAGACGAAAUCGAUCGUACUGCCGGUCACAUUCCAGGGACGCGAGAUCCUAACCACCGUGUACGAGAGUGACGUUACCAGCACCGUAAUAACAUCCUUCAUUACCGAAACACUUACCAUCCCGACGACUUCCACCAUUCGCAUUCAACCGACAACGAACCCGGCGGACGACCUGUCCAACAAGUUGAGUCUGUUGUUGCCGCUGCUUGAAGAGCGUGAGCGACAAAACCGUCUCCUCUCUGCCAUUGAACCAACGUUGCCGGUCGUCUCACCAGCGCCACCAACGAUUGCACCCUCGCCGACAGCCACCAGUGCCGUGUCGAAGGUGUACGUGUCCGGACAGCAUCCCGGCGAGUUUAGCGUGUCCUUCACCACCAUCUUUAACACGUAA